AUGUUAGUAUCUGCACACUCUUUGGGUCUUAUGCAUCAUCCUGUUUCCCCUUCUUUUUCUCAAGCUUCUUGUUGUUUUCUUACUUUCUUCAGGAUUUGGGAUCUGGGUAGUUCUCAGAUUUACUAGUUCACUCUUACUGAUUUUAAAAAUUUGAGGAUUUUUUUUAAUAGAGAGAAGGAGAGUGAAAGAAGGAGAUAGAUCAUGGCAGGAGGAGGAGCUCCAGCGAAAGCAGAUGAGCCACAGCCACAUCCACCGAAAGAGCAGUUGCCCAACAUUUCUUAUUGUAUUACAAGUCCACCUCCAUGGCCCGAAGCGAUCCUUCUUGGUUUUCAACAUUAUCUUGUGAUGCUUGGCACGACAGUGAUCAUUCCCAGUUCUCUUGUUCCUCAGAUGGGAGGUGGAAAUGAGGAGAAAGCAAAGGUGGUCCAGACUUUACUCUUUGUAGCUGGUUUGAACACAUUGUUGCAGUCACUGUUUGGGUCUAGAUUGCCUGCUGUGAUUGGAGCGUCUUAUACCUUUGUCCCAACAACAAUCUCUAUUAUCCUUGCUGGUCGGUUCAGUGAUACUUCAGAUCCUAUUGAGAGAUUUAAGAGGAUAAUGCGGGCAAUUCAAGGUUCCCUCAUUGUUGCUUCAACUCUUCAGAUUGUACUUGGCUUCAGUGGCCUUUGGCGUAAUGUUACUAGGUUCUUAAGUCCACUUUCGGUUGUUCCUUUGGUCUCCCUAGUUGGUUUUGGGCUUUAUGAGUUCGGGUUUCCUGGGGUUGCCAAAUGUGUGGAGAUUGGAUUGCCUCAGUUGAUUCUUGUAGUAUUUGUUUCACAGUACAUGCCUCAUGUGAUAAAGUCUGGGAGACACCUGUUUGAUCGUUUUGCCGUCAUAUUUUCAGUGGUGAUUGUUUGGAUUUAUGCUCAUUUACUCACCGUUGGUGGUGCAUAUAACGGUAAAGCACCAAGGACGCAAAUAAGCUGCCGUACCGACCGUGCUGGUCUAAUAGAUGCUGCUCCAUGGAUUAGAGUUCCUUAUCCCUUUCAAUGGGGAGCACCUUCGUUUGAUGCUGGUGAAGCCUUUGCCAUGAUGAUGGCUUCUUUUGUUGCUCUUGUGGAGUCUACUGGGGCUUUUAUUGCAGUGUCAAGAUAUGCUAGCGCAACUCCAAUGCCACCAUCUAUUAUUAGCCGUGGUGUUGGUUGGCAGGGAGUUGCAAUUUUGAUCUCUGGGUUGUUUGGAACUUCCAAUGGAUCCUCGGUAUCCGUAGAGAAUGCUGGUCUUUUAGCCUUGACACGUGUUGGCAGCCGAAGGGUUGUCCAAAUCUCAGCUGGAUUUAUGAUUUUCUUCUCCAUUCUUGGAAAGUUCGGAGCGGUAUUUGCUUCAAUUCCAGCACCCAUUAUUGCUGCUUUGUACUGCCUAUUCUUUGCUUAUGUUGGUGCUGGAGGACUUAGUUUUCUUCAAUUCUGCAACCUGAACAGCUUCCGAACAAAGUUCAUAUUAGGUUUCUCUGUUUUUAUGGGCUUAUCUGUGCCACAGUACUUCAACGAGUAUACUGCAAUCAAUGGCUAUGGCCCUGUUCACACAGGCGCAAGAUGGUUCAACGACAUUGUAAAUGUGCCAUUCUCAUCGGAAGCAUUUGUGGCGGGUUGCGUGGCAUAUUUUCUUGAUAACACAUUGCAUAAGGACGGCGCGAUUAGGAAGGACAGAGGUAAGCAUUGGUGGGACAAGUUCAGGACGUUCAAGGGCGAUUCGAGGAGUGAAGAGUUUUAUUCCCUGCCCUUCAACCUGAACAAAUAUUUCCCAUCCGUGUGAUCAUUCGAGGCAAGAGAGUUAAAAAGGUGACGGUAUCAAAUAUUUAUGUCCAAAUUGUAGAUCACCUCUUAUUAUCAACCAGUGAUUGCGACCCUACCAUGUUAAUUGUAUUACAACAUGCAAUAGCCAGUAUGACGUAGUGUUUCCCUUUAUC